AUAUAACCCCCGCGCCCGCGCGUUCCUCCUCCCUGAGCGCGGGAUUUAGAAGGCGCCAACGGGAAGGUGGGAGGCCGUGGACGAGGGCUCCGGUGAGUUCGGUGGCCGGAGGGAGAAGGUUUCUCCUGUGUUGUAUCACCUCAGAAUUAGAUUUCGACUUUGUUUUUGUUACAAAGAUGGGAAUCCAUGGUUUGGCCAAGCUGAUUGCUGAUUUAGCUCCUGCUGCUAUUCGCGAAAAUGACAUUAAGAGUUACUUUGGUCGGAAGGUGGCCAUUGAUGCAUCUAUGAGCAUUUACCAGUUCCUGAUUGCUGUACGGCAGGGAACUGAUAUGUUGCAAAAUGAAGAAGGUGAGAUCACAAGUCAUUUGAUGGGCAUGUUUUACCGCACUAUCCGCAUGGUGGAAAAUGGCAUCAAGCCUGUCUAUGUAUUUGAUGGCAAACCACCACAGUUGAAAUCAGGUGAAUUGGCUAAGCGUGUUGAGCGUAGAACUGAAGCAGAGAGGCAGCUGCAAGAAGCCAAAGAAGCAGGGGAGGAGGAAAAUGUAGAAAAAUUCAGCAAGAGGUUGGUUAAGGUGACCAAGCAGCACAAUGAUGAGUGCAAGAAACUUCUGGCCUUGAUGGGCAUUCCUUAUGUUGAUGCACCUGGUGAGGCUGAAGCUAGCUGUGCUGCGCUGGUGAAAGCUAACAAAGUUUAUGCAGCUGCUACAGAGGAUAUGGACUGCUUGACUUUUGGUAGCCCUGUGCUUAUGCGACAUCUUACAGCCAGUGAGGCAAAGAAACUGCCCAUUCAGGAAUUCCAUCUGAACCGUAUCCUUCAGGAUUUGUCCCUAACUCAGAAGGAGUUUGUAGAUCUCUGCAUAUUGCUUGGUUGUGACUACUGUGAGAGUAUCCGUGGUAUUGGGCCCAAGCGUGCUGUGGAGCUCAUCAAACAGUACAAGAGCAUAGAAAAGAUAGUCCAGCAAAUAGAUGCCAAGAAGUAUACCGUGCCUGAGAACUGGCUGCACAAAGAGGCCCAGGGGCUCUUCUUGGAGCCUGAAGUUGUAGAUCCAGAGGCUGUGGAGCUGAAGUGGAGUGAGCCAGAUGAAGAAGAACUUGUUGCUUUUUUGUGUGGGGAAAAGCAGUUCAAUGAAGAAAGAAUCCGUAAUGGGAUCAAAAGGCUAAAUAAAAGUCGUCACGGUAGCACUCAGGGCCGGCUAGAUGAUUUUUUUAAGGUCACUGGCUCCAUCACUUCAGCCAAGCGGAAAGAGCCAGAACCCAAGGGAUCUGCUAAGAAGAAAACAAAAGGCAGUGGUGCAGCUGCAUCAAAGUUCAAACGAGGAAAAUAAAAAUUAUCCCCUGCCACUUGAGAUCCUCUAUGAAUACAGUUGUAGGAUUCAGCUGUAGCAUUCUAUAGUUCUGUGAUAUUCAAAAAAGCAUCAUCGCUAUUGCCUGGCCUUCUGCUUAGCUGAAACAAAAAUGUGUGAGAUUAAAUGUUUGGACACUGCUAAUUAAUAGCUGGAGAGCCAACCAGGCAAAGACAGAUAGCUGUCAAAAUAAAUUUUGUGACACUGACAUAAUAGUGCUGCUGGAACUAUCUGAAGUGCAACACAGAAUGUUAAAAGAAAUGCAAUGAACAAGCAAGAACAUCUGAGCAAAAUGUAUUACAAUUAUCAACCUAUACUUUUUAGAGGCAUCUGCAGAUAGUUGUGCACAUAGCUUCCUACUAUGGUUUUGUUAUCUGGUGGCCAAAAUCCUGUUGUAUAACUUACACCUGGGAAAUGAUGAUUUCACCAGCAGAUUUUUUUUUGUGAUAAAAGAUUUCCUCCUCCUGUUCCUCAGAUUGUCCAACUUGUAAAUAAUCCAUUUCAUUGUGUGGAAGUGGUGGGAGUUAUGGGAUGGGAAGGGAAGUCUUUAAUUACCAAAAGUGUCCUGCUGAUAGUCAUCCAAUGGUGGAGAUUUUUUAAUUAUUUCUCCCUUCAGUUUCAUGGUUCAUAUAGCUUCUGUGCAAUGAAACAGAUUACUUGUGAGUCCAGACAAGUCAUACGACAGAAGAAGGAAGCCUUAACUUAAUUAAUUUCUCCCCUUGCCAGUGACAUCAUCACCCUUUUACAGGCAUAACAUAUGUUGAGAAGAUUCUGGCUAGUAUGUCAUGCCAACUAAAAAGUUACUUUGUACAGUGAUCACUGGCUAAAAUAUUGUUGUGUUCAUUGUGUGAAU